UACUUUUUACUAAUAUUACAAUCACUUGCAUUAUUGGAUUGUUGGCGCUUCUCGAAGCUGAACCCCGAAAAAUAUGGAAUCCAGCGCAUUGGAAAUAGAAAUUACUUGUAUGGGAGAAGAAAAAGUAAACGUUGCAGAGUCUUGCAUCAGGAACGUCGAAAGCCCCGUGCUCAAUUCCAUGCUGGAAGAUUAUCGAGUGUCGGGAAUUUUUCCAAUGCCUUAUCCUCCUCGACAAAUCUCUCAAGUUAUAUCAUUCAUUCGUGGACAGUUUUCGUUUGGAAUCCCUACGAAACGCAAUGGACAUCUACGGCAUCAGCAAACGAUACCGGAUCGAAAAACUUUUUGUAGAAUGUCAAUCUUUCAUAAUUUACGACUUGAACUUGUCAAAUGUUUGCCGAAUACACGAUUUCGCUUGCGAACAAAUGGACAGAUGGCUGCAGUAUCACUGCUGGGAAUUUUUCGAUGAAGAAUGGAAAGAGAUAUUUCUCGCGGACGACUUUUUACAAUGCAAAAGGACGACGAUCGACCGAUUACUCUCUCGUCCCGUUUACGAAUCAUUAACGGAAGUGUCUUUGUUCCUCGCAGUUUACAACUGGGUGAAAGUUCGUCUGCAACGACGAGCGGAAGUAAGUGGAGAAUUGCCUCCGAACGACGCUACCCAAAUGGAAAGAUGUAGAAUAAACAUGGAGCCGUUCAUUCCCAAAAUUCGGUUUCUGGCCAUGAGUGAGNAAGAGCUGAGAAAUGUGGUAUUCCCUUUGAACUGUUUAAGCGAAGUAGAAAAACAAAGCAUAUUGUCCUGUUGGACAUUAUUCAGAGAAGAUAAAUUUUUGGAUCAUCUUUGCUCGGACAGAAGAAAGAGGAACGAAAGUAGUUUCACGGAAUGGUUUAUUUACGAAAAACAGGCGCCGUAUACACCCAACGAUAGCGAUCUUAACAGCAUAUUUAGCACAAAGAUAAGAGUGAUGGAACACUGCUUCGUACAGACUCUGAAACUACCUUUACACCAUUCUCAUAGAACAAGUAUUCCGUUCAAUGUAGAAGGAUACGUCAAUUUUGCCUCCAACCGAUUACAAUCACAAAAGGAGUUUUGUAAACCCGAUGGAACCGUAGAUUUGGACUUUCCCAUUUUUGUGGAAAAGAAUUCGUCCCUGAGAUUGUCCGUUUUCUUCUACGUUGAGGAGAUUCGUAAAUUUUACGAAAUAUCGUUAAAUAUCCGUCCCGCCAAUCACAGAUUCUUCAGUCGCUUUGAUCCCGAUGCUCGGACUUUUGAAGAAUCUUUGGGAUUACAAGAGAACCAAUUCUACAACGUGUACUUCGACGUCGUCUUGUAUUUUUGAAAUUUCGCUUUCAUUUUCAAGUUUUAUGAAUAUUUUCUAAAUUUAUUGAAUAGAUUUUAAAAAUUCCUUAUUUCUUCGAUGUUUCUUUAAUAUUGCCCGAAGAAAGUGGAUUUAUUUGUAGAUAUGAAAUAAAUUAUAAAGUUAUCGCAA